AUGGGCGGUGGAGACGUCUCCGUCGCUAAAGUCCUCGAGCGGGUCCGGAGGGAGAGUUUGCUUUGGCCAGAACACGUGACUAUUGCCGCCGAGCCCGCGCAGCCCCCGCGGGAAGAGGUCGCGCGGCAAGUUGUUUUGCCGCAGGGCCCACAGGUUUGUUGUCGAUCUCCCACUCUUCCACUCUUCCACUUCUCCCACUCAUCGUUCUCCCAGUCUCCGAUUUCUUCCAAUUCUGUUCGCGAUAACAGCAACAUGGCUGAACGAAAGGUUCUCUCGAAGUAUUACCCACCCGACUUCGAUCCAUCUGCGAUUGAGCAGAAGAAGCGCUCUAGAAAAGAUGGAAAGGCCGAGGCCAAGGUGGCCACCAUCCGUCUGAUGACACCCUUUUCGAUGAGAUGCACUCACUGUGGCCAGCACAUUCCGAAGGGUCGUAAGUUUAACUCACGGAAGGAGCUCGCCGAGGACAAGUACAUGGGCAGUCUGGUGUACCGCUUCUACAUCCGUUGCAUUGGAUGCAGCGGCGAGAUAACUUUCUGCACCGACCCCAAGAAUCGCGACUAUCGGUGCGAGCGUGGCGCAACCCGCAACUUCGAAGUCUGGCGCGACGACGCAGCCGACAAGUACAAGGACGAGACUGAGGAGCAGACCAUUGACCGCCUCGAGAAGGAACACGGUGCGGAGGAAGAGCAACUCAAGCGAGACAAGAUGGCCGACCUCGAAGACAAGAUGCACGACUCCAAGCGCGAGAUGGAAAUCGCUGACGCCAUUGAUGGAAUUCGCACCCGUAACGCCCGCAUGGAGCGCACCGAGACCCGCGGCGACAAGGCUGCUAUGGCUACUGUUCAGCAGCAGAUCGACGAGGAGGCCCUUCGCCGCGCCAAGGCCGAAGAAGAAGAGGAUCGAAAGGCUCUUGAGGAGUUCCGGGAAAAGCAGCGUGCCACAAAGUCGGCAGCCCUGGACGCCCAAAUCGAAAGAGAGGAAGCGGAGCGUAAGGCUUUUCAGGCGCAGUAUGCGGCGGACAUGCAUGCGAAGCGUCUUCUUGCCCGUGAAAGGAUGCGCGCUCGCAAGGCCAGGGAGGCUGCGGCUAAAGCUAAGGAGGCUGAGGCUAAGGCGAAGGCUUUGACUACCCCCAGCGCCAACCGAGACGACAGUUCAGCCGUCUAA